AUGGAGCUCAAAUUCACCUCCAGCGUUGCCAAAUACCUCCAAAAGAAGUCACAUUUGUUUGUGAUUAUCUAUGAGAACGAGGACGAGGACGACAACAACGACAAUGAGCCUAUUGGCACCCUUUUCUUACAGUCAUCUCAUCGAUAUAUGGCCCAUAAUCGAUGCUCUAAGCUGGGAAUCGGGAUCCUAAACAGGUUUCGACUUCAUGAAGCUGAGGCAGUCAACUGGGCUUUGGACUGGGGUUCCAACAGUAGGGGUCUACACCGGGUGGAGAUGAAUAUUCCGUCAUGGAACAUGCGAGUGAGCUUGUGUGACGAGCUUGGGUUUCGCACAGAUGGAAAGAGGAGGGAAUGUUAUUACUAG